CAAGGAUUAUGAUUGGCUGCGGAGAUCCGUGCUCCUCUUGUGAUUGGCUGUAGCUUGUUUCCGGGGCUCCGCUGUGCACUAAGUGACGUUUCUCGGUCUGCCCCGAGAUAGACUGGAGAGAAUGGCUGCCAGUGGAGAGGUAGGGAAGCUGUUACAAGUACAAAAUGGGACGCCUCCAAGCACCAACUAUAAUGGGGUAGAUGCUGUUCAUGCCUGUAACCUCCUUCAGCAGCUGAAAGCCUUGUACGAUGAAGCACAGCUCACAGACAUCGUUGUAGAAGUGGACCAUGGCAAGAGUUUCUCGUGUCAUCGAAAUGUCCUUGCAGCAAUCAGCCCAUAUUUUAGGUCCAUGUUCACCAGCGGCCUUACAGAGAGCAGCCAGCGUGAGGUCAGAAUUGUAGGGGUGGAAUCUGAAUCCAUGCACCUGGUCCUGGACUAUGCCUACACAUCCAGGGUCACACUCUCUGAGUCUAAUGUACAGGCCCUGUUCACUGCAGCCAGCAUAUUCCAGAUUCCUGCACUGCAAGACCAGUGUGCCCAGUUUAUGAUCAGCAGACUAGACCCCCAGAACUGUAUUGGGGUCUACAUGUUUGCUGAUGCCUAUGGGCACCAGGAGCUGAGGGAGCGCUCACAAGACUACAUACGCAAGAAGUUCGUAUGUGUGUCAUGGGAGCAAGAGUUCCUGCAGAUGACCAAGGAGCAGCUUGUUAGCAUUUUAAACAAUGAUGACCUCAAUGUGGAGAAGGAAGAGCAUGUAUACGAGAGCAUUGUGCGCUGGCUGGAGCAUGACCUGUCUGGCCGUGAGGUCCACUUAGCUGAGGUCUUUUCCCAAUGCAUCCGUCUGCCCUUGCUGGAUGAGGCCUUCCUCAGCCUGAUACCUGCCCCCUUUGCGUGUGCCCUUACUUUGUCUAAGGACCCUGCUGAGGCCAAAGCCCGCCUCACCGGCACCAAUGGUUGCCCACAACGCCUGGGUAUGACUGCUUCUGAGAUGGUUAUCUGCUUCGACGCCGCUCACAAACACUCAGGGAAAAAGCAGACUGUGCCUUGCCUGGACACAGCCACAGGAAGGGUGUUCAAGCUCUGCAAACCACCCAAUGAUCUCCGGGAGGUCGGUAUCUUAGUGUCCUCAGAGAACGACAUCUACAUUGCUGGAGGUUACAGACCAAGCAACAGUGAGGUGUCCAUAGACCAUCGGGCAGAGAGUGACUUCUGGCAGUAUGAACAUGCAGGAAAUCGAUGGCUUCCACGUGCACCUCUGCUGAGAGCAAGGAUAGGCUGCAGGCUGGUGCACUGCUGUGGGAAGCUUUAUGCACUGGGAGGCCGAGUAUAUGAAGGUGAUGGGCGAAAUGCAUUGAAAUCAGUAGAGUGCUAUGAUGCCAGGGACAACUGUUGGACAGCAGUCAGUCCUAUGCCAGUAGCCAUGGAGUUUCAUAGUUCUGUGGAGUACAGGGACCGCAUAUAUGUUCUCCAAGGUGAAUACUUCUUUUGCUUUGAUCCCCGUAAAGACUACUGGAGUCAUCUCGCUCCAAUGAGUGUCCCUCGGAGUCAGGGUCUUGCUGCCUUGCAUAAGAACUGCAUCUACAACAUUGCUGGAAUCUGCAGGAACCACCAGCGCACCUUUACUGUGGAGGUCUACGACAUCGAGAAGAACACAUGGAGCCGCAAGAGGGAUCUGCCCUUUGACCAAGCCACAAGCCCGUAUAUCAAGGCCAUGCUUCUUCAAGGCAAGCUGCACCUGUUCGUACGAGCCACACAGGUCAUGGUGGAGGAGCAUGUGUUUCGCACCAGCCGCAAGAACUCCCUUUAUCAGUACGACGACGAGGCAGACGUAUGGACCAAAGUCUACGAGACACCAGACCGCCUCUGGGAUUUGGGUCGCCAUUUUGAAUGUGUGGUGGCCAAACUUUACCCACAGUGUCUACAGAAAGUGCUUUGAGGUGGCUGGUUUCUUGAACCCAAUCUAUGAGGCAGAGGGAGAAGUGUGGUCCUGCCUGCCUUGUGCCUGGUGUAACCUUCGGGGGUUUGCACCACAAGGACCAUUUUUUGGUUAAGUCUUAAGUCUUUCAAACUUUGGUUUAACAUGAUCAAAAUGGGGGUGCUUUUAAAAGAUUGCAGUAUUUUUUUUCCAGACGGCACCAGCUACCCACACUGAUGCUUGUUUAACAAAACCGUACAAUGAAUCAUAAGUGCAAUUAUCCUAUUUUUUGCUUAUUGUUGAGCCAUGUUGUUUCUUUUUGUUUUGUUUUAGAUACAUAUAGAGGUAGUGAUUUUUACUAAUGAUCCGCAUGCGAUUGAGGGGUCUGGAGAUAUGGAUGCUACGUGUCAGCAUAAAGUGAAAAUCUAUAUCUAAAAAUCUAUAUAUAAAUAAGUAUAUAAACUAUAUAUUCAUACGGGUAAGAUGAGUACCUUAGCUCAUAAGUAGGUUGCUGGCUCUGAGGUUUGUGUGUUUGUUUUCUUUUCUCCCUAUUAUGUGCCCCAGUCCUUCUUCAUGGUAUUUUAUAGACAAGUUUUAAUUUGAAGUGUGCUUGUGAUUUACAUUACCCUAGUGUUUUUGAAGCUUGUAUGAUAUUUCUCUCUUCCUUCACAUGCGUCAGUGUGUCAAACAAUACACUAUGUGUGGCUUGCAAGCUAUUUUUACGUUUUGUUUGAGAAUCCAGCUGCAUGGGGGCUCAUGCCUCCCACUAUUUCAGUUUGCAUCCAUUUUGUGUCACAUGUGAAGACAACUUAAGUGAAACGUUUAAAGAGUGCUCACUCUCCACAUUGGAGAAAUAAGGACGGAGUCAAAUUUGUUGCAACACUAAGUGGAAAGUUCAGACCAACUAACAGGCUUACCUCAGAACCUUCAGAGAUAUGAUAAGGAGAAAAGGGACAUUUCAGGCCAUUGUGUCAACGAAGCAACUUUGUGAAAAGCUCAGUUCAGCAUUGGGCAUCAAGGUUGUUAGGUUAUCUUUUUUUUUGCAAAGUUUAAAAGAGCCUUCCUUUUCUAAUGCCAAAUAAGCAUUUGAGGUCUUGUAAAGGUUGAUCUGAACAUUGAAAAUAAUUUUGUGGUAGCAAUAAGUCAUGGAACUGUGAUUAGGCUAUAUUACGUUAUGAUACCUUAGUAAAAGUGCAUUAAUUGUUGUGUGUGCUUGUCUCUGCUAUUGAAAAUCACAGUAAAUCCAAUAAUGAUUGUGUGUCUGCUGCAUGGGUGCAGGCUGGAAGUGAUGCGUCAUUUAGUGCAGAUCAUUUGGGAUGCCAUUGUGCCUGGUGCCUGUGGCUUGAAAAGGGGCAUCAAAAUCAAAAACUGUUCCUCCUGAUGAAGAAAAUCUGAAAGUCUUACUCAGCAUUGCACUGAAUCACUCUCCACUUCAGCAGUCCUCAACUGCAAACUUUACAAGGCACCCUACCGAACAAGCAGACUUUACUAAAGGGUGGUUUGGGGUCAUGUGCUUACUCAUCCAACAGCCAUGAAUCCGUUUUACACGCCAUCACACAGAGGACACAAAUGGUUGGUGCUGCUCUUUUUUUUUUUUUUUUUGACAAUCUUGUACAGAAGAAUUAUUACCACCACUGAGUGGCGUUCCCUGUGAAAGUGUGACAUUUUCAGUGCCGUCAAUUUCCUCAUGCAGGUUCCUGUGUCAUCUUUGCACUACACAUUUCCCCUUGCAUUUUAUCUGAACAGCAAAUGCCCCUCUAUUGCUAAAGGUUUGUCUGGCCACACGGCAAUCAUCAAAGAGAUUUACCUGGAAAUGAUUGCAGGAUAAGUAACAUUCUUUGAGGACUUAAAAGAUAUAAUAUAACUUCUCCAAGAGAAGAUCCAAUGUUGACUGAGUUGAUUUUUAAUUGAUCUUGAGCUUGAACAAUGCCCUCAUCAUGGGCGAGUAAAGGUUUGAUCUUCAUCCACAUGUCUACAGACGGCCAUUUAAGAACCAGGAACGGAGAACUCAGGAUUUCUACUGAUACACAGUACUGUAUUUAAAUGUUUUUGUUAUGUGUAUUAUACUGUACUAUAGGUUUGCUGUACUUGCACAGUUUUUUAAACUUCUCGUCAGUUUCUUUUAUAACUUGAAAAAAAAAUAGAUGUGAUUUUCUUUUUGUUUUCUCCAGUGGCUGUUUUUCCUUUUCUUUGUGUAAUUAUUACCUAUUUAGUUAUGUUAGAGUAAUCCUACUCAGUUGAGAAAAAAAAAAAGAUUACCUGCAUGAGUGCUACAUUUUGAGUUUCUUUCCCCUCUGUUGUACAGUAGUAUUUCUUUCAACUUCUCACUGAAACUAAGCAUUACGGAUGGAGUAACUACAUUGUUAUGUCACAUUUCAAACACCAGUCUUGUCAUACAACAAGCUAAAAUAAAAAAUACAACUACUCUUUGUUCAAGAUUAAGUGGCCUUGGGCUGCAAUACACAUUGCUCAUCCUGGUCAUCUACUGUACAUGCAUUGCUUAUUGGUGCUAUUCCAUUGUGUUCUCCAUGCAUUCUCCUCACUUUGUUUCGCCCGUUUGUCUGUUUUUGGGUUAUGGUGGUGGUUAAGCUCAACUGUGAAUUUCACAUUGCACAUAAUUUGAAAAUAAUAAAAAAAAAACUAUCAAAGGUGAAA